GGCCGAGGAGCUAGCAGCCGGUCGAAUGAGCCUGGAGCUGACGGCGGUGUCGGCGUCGAGCUGAGGUUUGAUGGUUAAAAAUGCAUUGAUGUUUUUAUAAGGAUUUGGACCCAAGACUCCAGCAUGUCGAAAGAGAUGAAGGAACUCCAGAAGCGAUGGCACGCUGUGCUGGAAACUGUUCACAGCAAUUCACAUGUUGUUGCUUUUAUGAACUCCCGGGUUGGCCAGUACUUAGAUGACCACCCUUUUGUCGCCCUUUCACUGUUGGUCUUCAUUGCAGCAUCUGCAAUCCCUGUUGCAUUCUUUCUGGCUUUUGUUGUUGCCACAACUGUGAUUGCCUGCAUUGGAGUGAUUAUCAUGGAAGGUUUUGUAAUAUCGUUGGGCGGCGUCACACUGCUGUGUGUCCUCGGCGGACUAGGAAUGCUAUCACUGGCUGUGUCCGGAGUACUGAGUCUUUGCUACUUGUCUUUUACAACUCUACUGAAUUACUGGCCCACUCCAAACAGUCUAUCAAAGAAAGAACUCGCUAAUGGAAGCAGUUUUAUACCAAGCAGCCCUCCUGCCUUAGACCAGGAUACCGCUAUUAAGAAGAGUGAAUAAAAUUGAUUGGUGCUUGGGAAGCUUCCUUGAGCAGCACUUUAAAAUGCAGAGUUUGGGAGGAAUUGUUACAUUCUAGAAAUGUUUACCUGUCAAAAUGGUCAGAGCUUGGUCUGUUGUUUAUGGGAACUGGGGAUCAAUUUUCUCUCCUGGUUGUCAUUAUAAUGACUGGUCCAUCAUUAAAUGUGUUGUCAUACGUUAAGUAACUCAGCAAGCAUAGAACAGGACCCGUUCUGUUCUGCCAGGUUUAUCUUCCAUAUUUUUUAAAAAGAGAUGGGGUGCUUUCACAUCUGGUUUUAUAACUUGUUAAAACCAGAGCCGGAAACUCUUCUGCCUGACAGGAGGUAAAACUCAAUAGUGCUGGUAACAGUGCUUUUUCGAAUGUGGAAAAAUACAUUCAAGCCUUAAGCUUUCUUACCACAGCCAUUCUGAUGGAGAAUGUGGCUUGCACCAGGUUAACAGGAAAACCAAGUUAAAGGUGGUGUCUCUUUAUGAUUGUGGUUUUUUUGGUAGCUCAACUACUUCUGUUCUAUGUUUUAAAUUAUUCAGAGAUAAUACACUUCUAGUGUGUUUUCCUCCUUAUGAUAGCGGAAGUAUAAGGGGCUUUGCAGAAUCCCCAAUGUUUAAACAUUGUGCCUUAUCUUAUGUGUGUGUUUUAAAGUAUAUGUAUUUUGGGUCAGGUGUUUUCACACCUUCAAAUCUUUUGUUAAUAACUUUUUUUUCUUGCUUAACUGGUAAUGCUGUUGUCAUAUAUACUUUGUCACUAAAGAGGUACUUGCUUAUCCAAGU